GCGUUGCGGUCCCUCUGCUAGCCAGUCCAAAUUGUCCUAAUCGAGAUGGAGUAUCAAACUAUUCAACGUCCCGAAGGUUCUGAAUACCCGAAGAUCUAUAAAGAGUUCGAAGGGAAACUGUUAAAAGAUGGCAAACGCCGGAAAUACUGGAUCCAGGAUCUCACCGAGGAAUACUUUGAGGAAGUCGUCAAGGGUUACACAGAAGGAUUCAUGUAUGACGAACCUCUAAACAAAUAUUCAAAAUGCGCCAACGAUCCAGCUUGCGUCGCCGAAUGGGCCAAAUUCUGGAUGUCCUUCCUGAAAGAGAAAAUCAGUUUGAUCUGUUUGACCAAAGACGAUGAUGGCAAAAUAAGAAUAGCCGGAUACAACUGCCUUCACGCAGCCCAAAAAAAGGAAGAAAUGAAAGCAGAAUCCGAAGCAGUGAGGAAAGUCUUGAAAGUCAUGCAAUAUGUCUGCGAUCAAAGGGACGCUUUUGAAGAAUUCAAGAUGGAUAAGUAUUUGUCCGCAAUGGGGCUUUACGUGCAUCCCGAAUUCAGAGGCGAAGGUCUUGGACAAAUUAUUUUGGACACAAGACAAGAUUUGGGUAAACUUCUGGGCUUCAAAGCCAGUCUCACUGCUUACACUUCGUGCAUAUCCCAGAAGCAAGCCUACAGAGCCGGAUUCAAAGAUUACGUGACUAUUUCAUACGCAGAUUUGGCUAAAGUUGACAAAGAUUUUCUCUUCCCCGGCAUAGAAGAGCACACCAAAGAUUUCAAGUAUAUGUACAUGCUAUAUUAAUUAUAAUUUAGAUUAUUUUGUAAAU